AUGCAACUACGCAGUCAACCUAUCGUCGCAUGCUUCUGUUGUGCGCUGUUGACGCAAAUUCUCGAGGCUCGCCAGUACGUACUCAUCCGGAGAAUCUACGCAGGAGAGGAAGGUCAAGCGAUGCUCGAGAAAGACGAAUCUUCGCGUUUACUGGGCUGGCCGCUCGGCGUGAGCUCCGAAGUGGCCCUGAUGGAUUCAGCCCCGAUAUUGAGGGCCGUAGUCGAGAAAGACGACGACAGUAACGUGCUCUCAUCGAAAGGUGAAGUGUCUCGGUCAACGGGUUUGUAUCAGGGUCGGAGCGCUCCACGACGCGUAGAGACUAGCCCCAGCGAGAAAACAGAAGAGAUUGCCUCCGGCGAUGAGGGGCUCGUAAAAGUCAAGGACGAUCAACGAGAAAAGAUUGACAUACACAAUCUCGAGCCGGACAUGGCGGAAAGUCAAAAAGGAUCGAAUGCAACCGGCUCGGUCUCCGGCGAGGACGGUCCGAAGACGAAGGCGAAUUCAGAGAGCAGCGCGGAAUCGACCGCGGAGAACGAAAAGGAAUUGGAUUCAAUAGACAUCGCGAAUAUCGAACGAAUCAUGUCCAGACAUAAGAUACGCAUCAUGGGGGUGCCCCACCCAAUGGCUGAGGUUCUCUUGGACCGAGAAAAAGCCGAAAGUGUGAAACGAGUUACGUCUGGACCGCACGAGAUCGUCGGAGCCGAAUCACAAGAAAACCGUCGUGUGGAAGGUUCACCCAAGAGAGCUAUACCGGAACAAGUGAUGCGAAUUGCCGAAUGGUUGCUAAACCGCGGACCUUGA